AUGAUUCUACAAACUUCUUCGAGUUUUGAUUUCCGAUUACGGGUUUAUGCGUCUCGUCUUCUACUCUGUCCAUGCUCGGUUUUGUUCCGAGAUGAAUCCGCGAGGAGCCGAGUUCUACGUCGGAGACUCAGGUUCACAUUGGCCAAUGCGAAGUUUCGGUUUAUUUCAUGCGGAGUUCGAGGGGAUUCGAAGAGUCUAGGAUUGGGGAAUUCUAGUAGAAGAGCUGCGAAUAGUCUUGUUGUUUCUAGGUUUUCGAAUGAAUUAGAAGAAGCUUCACAAGAGUCAGUGAUUCAAAGCAAUUUCACGAACUUUAGGGAAGAUCCGAUUGUGGAUAAGCUUAGGACACAAUUAGGUGUAAUCCAUCAAAUUCCGUCACCAACUAUUAAUAGUAGUGUGAUUGGUCUAUUCGUGUUCUUCUUUUUCGUUGGUGUUGCUUUUGAUAAGCUAUUGACAUGGAGAAAGAGACAGAGACAAAUGGGUGGAGAUGGAGGUCAACGAGGAGUAGGGCCAUGGCCACAGGUUCCUACUAGCUUCUCCUUGUUCCUAGAGAAGGAUUUGCAGAGGAAAGAGUCGGUGGAAUGGGUGAAUAUGGUGUUGGGGAAGCUUUGGAAAGUUUAUAGAGGUGGGAUUGAGAAUUGGCUUGUUGGGUUGUUGCAGCCAGUGAUUGAUGACUUGAAGAAGCCAGGUUAUGUGCAGAGAGUUGAAAUAAAGCAGUUUUCUUUAGGGGAUGAGCCUUUGUCUGUCAGAAAUGUAGAGAGGAGGACUUCUCGCCGUGCCAACGACUUGCAGUACCAAAUUGGCCUUCGGUAUACUGGUGGUGCCCGCAUGUUGUUAAUGCUCUCUUUGAAAUUUGGUGUUGUCCCAGUAGUCGUGCCAGUUGGUGUCCGGGAUUUCGACAUUGAUGGUGAGCUUUGGGUGAAACUAAGAUUGAUACCGACACAGCCUUGGGUGGGAGCUGUAUCUUGUUCAUUUGUAUCACUUCCAAAGGUCACAUUUCAACUUGCAGCAUUCCGGUUGUUUAAUCUAAUGGAAGAUCUAAAAUCAGGAGAAAUGCAGGAAGGCAAUAAGGAUUUUGUUGGAGAACUAUCUGUUACACUUGUUGACGCCCAGAAACUUCGAUACAUGUUCUCUGGUAAAACGGAUCCAUAUGCAAUUCUAAGGUUAGGGGAUCAAGUUAUCCGUAGUAAAAAGAACAGUCAAACUACUGUCUUUGGGCCUCCCGGUCAGCCAAUCUGGAAUCAGGACUUUCAAUUCCUUGUUUCAAAUCCUAGAGAACAAGUAUUACAAAUUGAAGUCAAUGAUUCUCUUGGCUUUGGUGAUAUGGCUAUUGGUACUGGAGAGGUUGAUCUCAGAUUACUACAAGAUACAGUUCCUACAGACAGAAUUGUGGUUUUACAAGGCGGUUGGAGUUUGUUUGGAAAAGGAUCUGCGGGUGAGAUUCUGCUACGGCUUACAUACAAAGCAUAUGUGGCGGAGGAAGAAGAUGACAGGCCCAAUGUCAAAGCCAUUGAUGCAGAUGCUUCUGAUGAUGAACAACUGUCUGAUUCGAAAGAAUUGGGCUCAUUUGUCCGGAAUGAAAAGGUUUCUUCAGAUGAUAUUGGUGAAGAGUCAAUUAUGAACGUGUUGUCUGCGUUGAUUGUGAGUGAGGAGUUUCAAGGCAUAGUUUCAUCUGAAGCUGGAGACAAUAAACUUUCUGGAGGUGACUCACGUGAGGAUCCAGUACCUUUUAAACCUGGGUUGGACUCAGUAUCUCAACCUGCAGAUCCUAGUAACGGGUCUGAAGGCAACAGGGGCUUAUCUGAUACGGAAAAUUUUGGUAGAGGUUCAGGCUUUAAUGGAGGACUAGCAUUACUGUGGUUUGGUAUAAUCACGGGUAUGUUGGUGCUUGCUGCUAUCAACAUGGAAGGCUCAAGUUUCUUAAACCCAUAA